AUGCCAUUUAGAGAAUCAUUCACGCCAGUUGCGCUUAAGGACACAGAUGUGUUUAAGCCGCUCAAAGUGGGCUCAAAUACCUUGAGCCAUAGAGUGGUGUUGGCGCCAUUGACCCGUAUGAGAAACGUCAACCACGUUCCAACAGAGCUGAUGGUUGAGUACUACAGACAACGUUCUUCAAGAAGCGGCUCGUUGCUUAUCACAGAAGGUACCUUCAUCAGCCAACAAGCUGGCGGUUAUGAUAGCGCACCAGGUAUUUACACAGAUGAGCAAGUUGAGCACUGGAAGCCAAUCUUCAACGCCAUCCAUGAGAACAAAUCGUUCGGUUUCGUUCAACUCUGGGCAUUGGGCAGACAAUCCAUUCCAGCAGUGUUGGCCCGUGAUGGGCACAAGUUCGUCUCUGCUAGUGCAAUCUACAUGGAUGAUCAGUCUAAGGAGGACGCUGUAAAGGCUAACAACCCAAUCCAUGCUUUGACAAAAGAGGAGAUCAACGAAUACAUUGAGAACUAUGUCCAUGCUGCAAAGAACGCUAUCAAAGCCGGCGCAGAUGGUGUUGAACUACACAGUGCUAAUGGUUACCUCUUGAACCAAUUCUUAGACCCAAUUAGUAACCAAAGAGCAGACGAAUACGGUGGUUCCAUUGAGAACAGGGCAAGGUUUACACUCGCUGUUAUUGACGCCUUGAUCGAAGGUAUCGGUGCUGAGAACGUUGGUGUGAGGUUCUCACCAUUUGGUGUGUUUGGUACGAUGUCUGGUGUUGCUGAACCAUCCAUUGUUGCCCAAUACGCAUACGUCUUUGGUGAGUUGGAAAGACGUGCAUCCAGAGGUCACAGAUUGGCAUACAUCCACUUGGUUGAGCCAAGGGUUUCUGAUUUGAGAUUGCCAGAAGGUGAAGGUGUGGCCGAUGCUUCAAAUGAUUUCAUCUACUCAACUUGGAAGGGCGUCGUCAUUAGAGCUGGUGAUUACGGUGUUCACCCAGAAUUGGCUAAAGCAGACGCUGCAAAGGGACAUUCCCAAACAGCAAUUGCUUACGGCAGACUGUACAUUUCAAACCCUGAUCUUCCAGAUCGUUUAUACAAUGGUGAGAAGUUGAACGACUAUAACAGAGGUAGUUUCUACCUUCCAAAUUCGACAGGGUAUACCGACUAUCCAACUUAUCAAGAGGCUAUUACAAAUGGAUUCCCAUCAGAUGAGAAGAAGACAGAUGGUCCAUCUUAUAAGGAUGCCUUGACUAAAUGA